AUGUAUGUAUAUGUGCUUGGCAUGUUUUUCUAUAAAAUGAUUGUAUUACUAUACAUUUACCAGAUAUUUAUACAUAUAUAUAUAUUUAUAUAUAUUUAUAUGUGGGGAUGGGUGUGUUUCUGCGUAGGAUUUAUACAUGUGUUUCUUUCUUUUUUCUUUUUCCUUUUUUCCUUUUUUGUUUGUUUAUGUAUGGCUGUAUAUGGCUGUAUGGCUGUAUAUGGCUGUAUGGCUGUAUAUGGCUGUAUGGCUGUAUAUGGCUGUAUGGCUGUAUAUGGCUGUAUGGCUGCAUAUGGCUGUAUGGCUGUAUAUGGCUGUAUGGCUGUAUAUGGCUGUAUGGCUGUAUAUGGCUGUAUGGCUGUAUAUGGCUGUAUGGCUGUAUAUGGCUGUAUGGCUGUAUAUGGCUGUAUGGCUGUAUAUGGCUGUAUGGCUGUAUAUGGCUGUAUGGCUGUAUAUGGCUGUAUGGCUGCAUAUGGCUGUAUGGCUGUAUAUGGCUGUAUGGCUGUAUAUGGCUGUAUGGCUGUAUAUGGCUGUAUGGCUGUAUAUGGCUGUAUGGCUGUAUAUGGCUGUAUGGCUGUAUAUGGCUGUAUGGCUGUAUAUGGCUGUAUGGCUGUAUAUGGCUGUAUGGCUGCAUAUGGCUGUAUGGCUGCAUAUGGCUGUAUGGCUGUAUAUGGCUGUAUGCUUUUAUUGCAUAUGCAUGUACGUCAUAUGAAAAGAAUAUUAUUAAUAAUACGACUACUACUAGUAAAGAAUGCUGUUUCUGAUAUCUGUGACUUCUCCCUCUAUCUCUCUCUCUCUCUCUUUCUCUUUCUUUUUUUUUUUUUUUUUUCCUUUUUUACUUUUUGA